AUGUUUCGACGUGUUGUGCAGCCCUCUCCCAAGCUCUGGGUCCCUUGGACACCCGUCUCUAGGGCUUAUAUUCACAAGGUUGCUCAGCUCCAGUCGGUGGCUCAGCAGACCGUGUCGCCAGUUGCUGAGGCAGGGGCCGGUGAAUUCUCCAAACAGAAGCCCUUCGAUCAUGUCCCUUGGAAGGAACCCGUAUCAACCACAGGUACAGUGCGCUUCUUCGGAAAGACUACCGAUAAUAAGGCACAUACUCUAAAUUUCAAGAAGGGAGAGGAGUUACAAAGUAAUCUAGGCAAGGGCGAAGAACUUGAUGUCAAGAUCACCGACCUACGAACCUACGAGCCUCCGGUGUCGCUGUCGUUGGAGGGUGUGGAGUGGGUUCAGCAUCCAACUGUGCUCACAGAGGAGAAAUUACUGGAUGCCAACAAGGCUGAGAGUGAUGCCUUUGUUCGAUCACACUAUUUUGACGAAUGUGCAGCCUUGGUGAAGGAGAAGAGUGGCGCAGCCACAGCCAUUGCCUACAACUAUCGCCAUCGUCGCAUUGAAACUGGCACAAAUCUCUUCGACCCCCUCAACUUCUCAAACAAACCCCUCUCUACCAUGCACAUGGACAAUGAUGCCAAGACUGCUGAGGUGAACCUCCGCCGUGUGCUCGGUGACGCAGAGGCCGAGCGAUGGCUCUCUAAGCAUUGGGGCAUCAUCAAUGUCUGGCGCCCUGUCGGCGUGACUGUUCAUCAGUGGCCCUUGGCUUUGGUUGACUCGACCACUUUCAGCCGUGGAGAUGGGGCCACUACACCGAUCUACACCAAAAACAACUAUAAAAGCCACUUCACAGGCCUCACGUUUAACCCAGAAUACAAAUUCUACUAUGUUAGCAAUCUAGGUACCGACGAGGCUCUCCUAUUUGUUGACUUUGACUCUGAACCCAAGGGCAAUUUGAUCGGAAUGGCUCACGGGGCUUUUGAGGAUCAUAACGGGCCAGCCGACGCGCCCCUGAGGCGGUCAAUUGAGGUUCGGUGUCUGGUGCUCUAUGAUGAUUGA